AUGUCGGCGGUCGUGGACGCCGUGUUCGGCUCGUACGACGUCAAGAACGCCAAGCAGUGGCGGGACGAGGACCUGCUGCACCGCGAGCAGCAGAAGCAGUGGCGCGAGGACGCCUUCCGCCGCGAGAGCGAGUGGCGGCGCGCCGACCUGCAGCGCGAGCGGCGCGUGACCAAGCUCGAGUCCGAGAAGCGGCUGAUCGACGCGCGCCACCACCAGCUGCAGGCCGUCUCGCAGCUGUCGGCCAUGCUGGCCUUCUUCUCCAUCAUGUUCAUCCAGGAGAUCAAGUCGCUGCAGAGCGACACGAGUCAACCGCUGCUCAUCGUCUACGGGACAAUCGGAUGCCUCGAGUUCCUGUGCAUGCUGCUGUGCACCCUGACCUGCAUGCUGCUGCUGCUGGCGCUCACGCGGUUCGUGACCCACACGCUGGACGGCGAGGUGCGGCAGCUCUCGGACCUCGAGCUGGACUCCGUAUCGCCCUUUACGGACUGGUGGGCCGGCAAGUGUGAGCAGGAGUGGUUGCUGGCGUACCAGCUCUUCCGCGCCGGCGCGGCGUUCUUCCUGGUCGAAAUUGGAGUGGUGAGCUGGAUCGUGUUCGUCAGGUCCACGGUUGCAUCCGUGUUGAUCUCGGUGCUCUGCGCGGGCGGGCUGCUGUACAUUAACCUGCGGAUCGCCAGUCGCUGGAGAUACCUGGUCAAGCCUUCCAAGAGUGGCAGCCGGAUGAGCGUGCCAUUGCCGUAA